AUGAGUGCUACAGAUGAUCUAAUGAGAGGAAUAGACGUGAUUGACACAGGAGCUCCUUUAAGUGUUCCAAUCAGCAAAGCGACACUAGGAGAAAUUUUCAAUGUACUUGGGGAGCCAGUUGAUAAUUUAGGUCUGGUAGAUACUCGCACAAAGUCUCCUCUUCAUAGAUCUUCACCUGCCUUUAUACAAAUAGAUACAAAAUUAUCGAUUUUUGAAAUAGUAAUUAAAGUAGAAUAUCUUUUAGCUUCUUAUUGUUGUGGAGGAAAAAUAGGACUCUUCGGUGGUAUUGGAGUAGAUAAAACAGUACUCAUUAUGGAAUUGAUCAACAACAUUGCCAAAGCUCAUGGGGCUAAUUAA